GACCAGUUCAACAGAAAACAGUGCAGAGCACGAUCCGUACAGUUGUAAUGAAAUUUUCUGAAAUGGCAACCACUCCUUUUUCUUUAAGAACCAGUCCUUCUUUCCUUCUCUAAACCCUAAUCUCUUCUUCUCUAUAAACUCAUCUUCUAACUUUUGUUCUCAACCAUCCUCUUUUUUCAAAGCUUCGACAACUAAUAAAGCUCAAAUAAGAGAUGGAUCAAGCAGAGCUUUCCCGGAUAUUCCAAAUGUUCGACAGGAACGGUGACGGAAAAAUCACCAAGCAAGAGCUGAGUGAUUCAUUGGAGAAUCUUGGAAUCUACAUUCCCGACAAAGACUUGGUGCAGAUGAUCGAGAAGAUUGAUCUCAACGGCGAUGGGUACGUGGACAUCGAAGAGUUUGGAGGGUUGUACCAGUCGAUCAUGGAGGAUAGAGACGAGGAGGAAGACAUCAGAGAGGCUUUCAACGUGUUUGAUCAGAACCGGGACGGGUUCAUCACGGUGGAAGAGCUGAGAUCUGUGUUAUCUUCCUUGGGGCUCAAGCAAGGAAGAACCCUAGAGGAUUGUAAGAGGAUGAUAAGUAAAGUUGACGUUGAUGGAGAUGGGAUGGUGAAUUUCAAGGAGUUCAAGCAAAUGAUGAAAGGUGGUGGAUUCGCUGCCUUAGAAUCAAGCUUGUAAAACAAACAAACAAAACCCAUUUUUUGGGUUAGGGUUUGAGACUCAAAACCAUUGUUUUUUUUCCUCGGAAUGAUUAGGGCAAAACCUCGAAAGAGAAUUAACAAAUGGAUCAAGCUUUGUUUUGAAUGCUUCUCCACAAAAUAUUGUUGAUGAAUUUGCUAUGUGGGAUUUUGAAACAAACAUGUAUAAUUUUGUUUUUGAUUUUGAGGAUUU